CUGGCCUGCUCGGCAAGCUCCCCUCCGAGGCUAGGGAGAGGCCAGGCGGGGGUCCAGGCACCUCCCCACCCCCAAGGAACCCGCACAAGUUUCACUCAGAUUCUGAUCCUGAAACGGUGCCACAGAGAUUUGCGGGGAUGUCGCGGGACCGGCGGGAGUGAGUCGCAGAGAGGCUGGACAGGCUGCAACUUCAUUCCCCAGAGUGUAGGAGAUGGAGGGGUGACCCUACCGAGGGAUGGAACGCGGUCUGAGAUCUGAGCAGCAGGGGGGCCGUGGCGAGAAACCCCGGGUGCUGUUGCCAUGAGCACGGCCGUGAAGUCGGAGCUGGUGAGGUGGUUCGAGGAGACGCAGGCAGACGGCCUCCGACAGGGGGAUGGCCUUCCCUUCUGGUAUCACGGUCUCUGCAGCCGCAGAGACGCAGAACGGCUGUUGCAGGGUCGACCCAUGGGAUCUUACCUGCUGCGUCUGAGCGAGAGCCAGGGGGGGAUGGUGCUUUCAUACAGUGGGAUGGGUCGAUGUCGGCAUUUCAUCAUCCGCCAGGUGGACAGCGGCUGGUACAUGAUCCUGGGCGAUGACAGGCUCCACAGCAGCGUUACAGAUCUCCUCAACUACCACAGGACCGUCCCCAUCCUCCCCUUUGCCGAGUACCUCACCACGCCCUGCUACAAGCGCCCAGAGAGACAUUACGAAGAGAUUGGCAGGUUCCUGGACCUGUCUUCCAGCCCCCAGGGUUCAGGAGGAGGGUCCGGUGACAUUCCCGGUUCAGUGGAGUACGAUGAUCCAGAUGGGGAGCCUGAAACCACCCCCGAGGAAAGCCCAGUGGCAGUGGGCGGUGCGAAGAGCCCCUUGCUGGACAGAUGGACUCGGAGAGUGCGCCCGGAGAGACAUUACGAGGAGAUCGACGGGAUCCUCGGCCGAACUCGGAGCGCCCGGAGUCUGGGAGGAGGGUCGAGCGAUGCUCCCAUGCCACUGGAGGAGAGUGAUCCGGAACAGGAAUCUGGAGCUAACCCUGAGCGAGUUCUGAGGGCAGAGAGCCCUUCGGUGGAGAGAUGGACCCCGGGAGAGCACCCAGAGAGGCAUUACAAGGAGAUCGAUGGGAUCCUGUAUCGGACAAGGAGCACCCAGAGGCCAGGAGGACGAUCUGAUGACGUUCCCGUGCCGUCGGAGAAUAUUGAUCCAGAUUGGGAGCCUGGAGACACCCCCAAGGAAGGACCAGGGUCACUGGGCUGUUCUGAGGGCCCCAUGCCAGGGAGAGGGACCCAGAGGGAGCAUCCUGAGGUACAUUAUGAAGAUAUCCACAAGAUCCUGGGGCGUAAGCAUGGUGUCCAGGAAGCGGGAGGACAGGCCGCCAUUUGCAGGAGUCUGGAAGUAUCCGAGGGGUCGGAUGUAACAGACAGUGACCUUGGUGCCGCAGAGAAUGUGCAUCUCUGGGGGGCAAAGGAUGCAACCUGGAGCAGCAGCAACUCUCAGGAGCGUCCUGAGAGACAUUACGAGGAGAUUCCCAAGAUCCUGAGGAGGAAGUGCAGCGGCCAGGAAGUGCCAGGGAGGGCCGGCGUUCUCAAGGGGACAGAGGCAUCUGAAGGGCUGGGAGGGCCAGACAGUAACCCCGGAGCCACAGGGAACGAACGCCUCUGGGGAGAGGAGGACGUGGCCGGGAGCAGCAGUCACUAUCAGGAGCAUCCCGAGGGACAUUAUGAGGAAAUUUCCGAAAUCUUGAGGAGGAAGCGGAGUGGCCACGGAGUAGGAGGACAGACUGGUGUUCCUGGGGAGGCGGAGGCAUCCGAGGGGCCGGGAACGCCGGACGGUGAACACGGAGCCACAGAGAACAGGGGAACGAAGGACACAGCCGGAAACAGUGGUCACUUUCAGAAGCAUCCCGAGGGACAUUAUGAGGAAAUUUCCGAAAUCUUGAGGAGGAAGCGGAGUGGCCACGGAGUAGGAGGACAGACUGGUGUUCCUGGGGAGGCGGAGGCAUCCGAGGGGCCGGGAACGCCGGACGGUGAACACGGAGCCACAGAGAACAGGGGAACGAAGGACACAGCCGGAAACAGUGGUCACUUUCAGAAGCGUCCCGAGGGACAUUACGAGGAAAUUCCCGAUAUCUUGAGGAGGAAGCGGAGCAGCCAGGAAGUGGGAGGACGGGCCGGAGUUCCCGGGCAGUCGGAGGCGUGCAAGGGGCCAGGAACACUGGACGGCGACCCCAAAGCCACAGGGAACGUAGGUCCCUGGGGAGCGAAGGGCAUAGCUGGGGACAGCAGCAACUAUCAGGAGCAUUCCGAAGGACACUACGAGGAGAUUCCUGGGAUUCUGAGGAAGAAGCAGAGCAGCCAGGAAGCGGGUGCAUGGGGCGGCACUCCCAGACGGCCAGAACCGCCGGACAGCGACCCUGGAGCAACAGAGAACGUUCGACUCUGGGGGGAGAAGGACGUGGCUGGGAACAGCAGUCACUAUCAGGAGAUCGAUGAAAUGCGGCGGGUGAUGGAUCUCCUCACCCGCCCGGUGCCCAGGCCGCCUACGGCCACCUACACCGCAGUGAAGAAGCCGAAACGUCAUAUUUAUACAGAGCCAGAUCUGGCGCCGGGCCGAGGGCCUCGCUGGGCUUCGGGGGAGACACACACCUACGCUGAGCCAGGCCAGGGGACGCGGGGCGGUGGCGAUGGGAGCCCGGGCAGACAGGAGACCCGCCACCAGUAUGCAGAGCUGGACCCACGGCUGGGUCGGAUCGCCAACUACUACGCACCCGACCCCACCCGGGGGCCUCCCACGGCAACGACCUCUAACACCAUGGCCCAACUCCCACUGGACUCUGCUAGCACGACAUUCAAUCCCAGGAUCCAGUCAAUACCAGGCCCUGACAAAGGCCUGUGUUCUGCCGACCUGACGACUGACCCCAAACUCCGGCCUCUGCCUGACCCUAAGGGGAGACUCAGACCCACUGCCCCUACCUCUGACCUGACGGCCCGGCCUUUGCCAGAACCUGAUUGGAGCUUGAGGCCUGAUGACCUGACAUUUGACUCGACAGCCCGGCCUUUGCCAGACCCUGCCGAACCUAACCCUGACCUCAACACCAAAACUAGGACCCUCCCUGACCCCAAGGGGAGCCUGAGGCCAGCUGCCCUGACCUUUGAGCCCACAUUCCGGCCUUUGCCAGACCCUGAUUUAAGCCUCAGGCCUUCUGACUUGACCUUUAACCCCAAAACACAGUCACUACCUGACCCUAAAGGAAGUGUGAGGCCUACUGAUCUGACCUCUGAAUCCAAGGCCCAGUCACUGCCUGACCCUAAAGGAAGUGUAAGGCCUACUGAUCUGACCUCUGAAUCCAAGGCCCAGUCACUGCCUGACCCUAAAGGAAGUGUAAGGCCUACUGAUCUGACCUCUGAAUCCAAAACCCAGCCAAUGCCAGAGGCUGAUUGGAGCUUGAGCCCUGCUGACCUGACCCCUGACGAGAUGGUCCGGGCCUUGCCAGAGCCUGAAUGCAGCCCAACACCUACUGAUCCCAUCCUUGGCCCGAAAACCCAGCCACUGCCUGACCCCAAGGGAAACCUGAGGCCUGAUACGCUGACCUCUGACACCACAGCUUGGCCAAAUUCUGAUCAGAGCCUGAGGCCCAUCAGCCAGACCUCUGACCCUGGCACCCCACAACUGGAGAAUCCUGACCUGAAGACUGGCCGGAGCCCACGACCCCGCAUUCCCACCAAGCCAUCCACCAUACCUGCUAUCUCUGAUCCGGUCACACAGCAGGCACCGGGGCCUGAGCACGGUCCCCUGCCUGGGGAGGCCGCUCCACCCAUCUAUGCCCAGCCAGUGCGGAAACGCCGCGGCCCUGCCCCCCAGCUUGACAAUGCAGUGUACGGGGCCUUGCCCGGUGCUCUGCUGCCCACUCUCCGCCCAGAGGCUCAACCCAGGCCAGCUCCCCGGUUUCUGGGUACUCGGCCAAGUCCAGGGCCAGGCUCUCCAGAGGCCACAUCCAGGCCCCUUCCCAAACCACCCAAGCCAGCGCUGAGACGAACCGCUGCUCCACCGGGUACAAGCCCAAAACCAGGCCACAGCCCACUGGAGAAUGCCCCACCAGGUCCCGGACUAGCAGACACAGCCCGGAGGGUAGGCCUCAGCCCAUUGGAUGAAGGACUGAGACCAGUCCCUGUCCCACCAUGGAGCGUUGCAAGGCGGGUCCAUGGCCCACUGGAGACAGGCCUGAGACUAGGCCCCAGCCUGCAGGACACUGACCUGAGGCGAGUCCCUGGUCCAUUGGAUACAAGCCUGAGACCAGCUCCCAGGCCACCAAAGAGCCAGCUGCGCCCCUGCCCCCCAACAUCCCGCCCUACCCCAGGACGCUCGGGCUCACCAAGACGGAGUGCAGUACAUCCUGGCUCUGUGGAGAUGGAUGCCAACCUGUAUGAGAGUGUUCUGGACUACCAGCGACCUUCCCCAGCCUGCAGAAGGGAUGAGCCCUGACUCGGCCCCAUCCCAGGAGCAGGAAGCACGGCCGAGAAGGACCAGGAGCCGAUGGGCUGGUGGAUGCCGGAGAGGGAUAGAAGCGAGGGUUUCGUCUUUCCUCCCCUCCCAACCACGCAAGCUGGUUGAGCUGACACACUGCGCUUGGCAACCUGGAGCCAUCUUUCGCGAGUCACAGUGAGACAUGGGGACUGGAGGAGGCUCCUCUGUUCGGAACGCGGGCCCUCCGAAAUGUGUUCAGCCCACUGACCCAGCCGAGGCUCUGAAGGGUCACGGGCCAAUGAACAAAAGUUAGCUGGGCGGGGGGGGGGGGGGCGGAAUUCAUCCCUUCCGGCUGCACACCUCCUUCCCGGAAAGUGUGGGAACUGAAAACUCCACAGCCACAGAGGCUGAGAUGAAAACAGACAACACUGGUCAGUCAGCAUCUACGGAGUCAAACACUCAACGCUUGGGGUCUGCGGUCAGCUUUCAAGCUCGUUAUCAAAGUACGUAUGGCAUCUUCAACCUUGAGAUUCUUCUUCCAGCAGGCGCCCACAAAACAAAGAAAUACCACGGAACCCGCGGAAAAAACGACGCCCAACAGGAGCGCAGGAGCGACGGAAUCCAAUGUGCAAACGAGGACAAAUCGAGCAAAUGGAAAAAAUGUGAAUGAGUUGUAAAGCCCCGAAAGCGAAGCUACAGGCUGCUCCAAUGUAGACCUGCUCCAAUGUAGAUCAGCUCUCUCUCUCCUUACAGAUGCUGCCUGACCUGCUGAGUGUUUCCAGCGAUUGCUGGGUUUGAUAUUUUAAUUCACCCCGUUUAUCUCUCGUCUAAAUGUGUGAGACGCUUUUUAACUUAAAAACUCGUCUACGCGUCAGGUUUGUUUUCACUAUCUUACAGGAUGUGAAAUUUGCUGUUUAGCGGCAGUAGUACAGAGCAAAGUCAUAAAAUUGCUGUAAAUGACCAAAAACAAUAAACAUGCAUCAAAAGCAGAACGAGACAGUGUUCAUGGGUUGGUUCCUUAUGGUUGUUACUGGGGACAAGCCCCCACUACCUGUUAAAUACGCUCAAUGGCGUGCAUGUCAAAUCGUCUCUGACAACCAGGUCCAGCUCCUGGCCUUCACGUGUAGCUUAGCUACUAAGCCCGGUGGAACCGCUUCUACUGACAGGAGAUCAGUACGCCGGUCUUCAUCAGUUAGGGCCCUGACUAUAGGAGUCGGGAUGUCGUAUUUUAAUAGUUCUACAAGAGGUUGGUGAGACCGCACUUGGAGCAUCAAAUCAAUAACACGAGAAAUUCUGCAGAUGCUGGAAAUCCAAAGCAACGCUCACAAAAUGCUGGAGGAGCUCAGCAGCAUCUAAGGAAACGAAUAAACAGUCGACGUUUCAGAAUGAGACUCUUCUUCAGGACGGGAAAGGAAGGGGGAAGACGCCAGAAUAAAAAAGUUGGGGGGAGAGGCUCAUCUCCGUAGCAUCUGCUCUCAGGAUGAGGCUUUUCAUUCUGGAACUAAGGAGAUGUUCUCCUUCAAAGAAAGGGGCUUCCCUCCCUCUACCAUCA